UAUGAACUUCCUUUCGGCCGGAACCACCAUCUUCCAGUAAUUCGCCAAAAUGACCAACACAAAGGGAAAGAGGAGAGGUACCCGCUAUAUGUUCUCUAGGCCUUUUAGAAAACAUGGAGUUGUUCCUUUGGCCACAUACAUGCGAAUCUAUAAGAAAGGUGAUAUUGUGGACAUCAAGGGAAUGGGCACUGUUCAAAAAGGAAUGCCCCACAAAUGUUACCAUGGCAAAACUGGAAGGGUCUACAAUGUUACUCAGCAUGCUGUUGGCAUUGUUGUAAACAAACAAGUUAAGGGCAAGAUUCUUGCCAAGAGAAUUAAUGUCCGCAUUGAGCAUAUUAAACACUCAAAGAGCCGAGAUAGCUUCCUGAAGCGUGUGAAGGAAAAUGAUCAGAAAAAGAAGGAAGCCAAAGAGAAAGGUACUUGGGUCCAACUGAAGCGCCAGCCUGCCCCACCCAGAGAAGCACACUUUGUGAGAACCAAUGGAAAGGAGCCUGAACUGCUGGAACCCAUUCCCUAUGAAUUCAUGGCAUGAUAACUGUAAAGAAAAUAAAAGACCUCACGAGUGUAAAAGUGUUUCUCUUAAUUGAGUAGGAGUGUGGUUGGUGUCCUUUCACUUAAAAAAAUAUUUAAAGCAAACUCUUGUUCUAAUUCAUUGGGUGAUAUUUUUAUUCAAGGUGGGAGGUGGUUUAUUGUACAACAGAGUAUGCUUAAUUGGUUAGAAAACUGCCAGGUAUUACUUUGAAAAUAUUUAUAGUAGUUGGGAAAUAGUCCCUUUAAAUCCCUAAGGGA